GAGGCACUAAACGUAUUACAACGUUAUUUGUAAAUUUUUUAAAUUGUCCAUGACAAUUAUUUAUGAAAUUAGAAGGAAAACCAAACUUAUUUAUUUAAAGAAAAAUUAGGAAAAUAUAAAUUUUAGGAAUAAAAUAUUUGUUUAUAAUAAAAGAAGUGCGUGACAAAUAAAUAGAUUAUUCUGAAUUGGGAGUGAGUGUGUGUGUAUGAAAAUAAAACCGAAGAGUCUCGAAUUCUGCGAGUAUAAAUAUAAAAGCGCAUGGUUGUUGCGGCCGGCAUCAGAACGCAGUUUUUAAUCAAAGAAGUUUGUGUAUUAAGCAUUAUGGCUCUAGUUCCAACUCUUUUUCGAGAUUGGUGGGAAGAUUUUGAGCGACCAUCAUCGCUUUUAGAUCAACAUUUUGGUUUAGGAUUAAAUCGAGAUGAACUUUUAAACACUUUAAGUUUUCCAUCAUUUAGAGGAUAUUUUCGACCGUGGCGAAAUCUUGUAAAUCAAACCGGAGGAACUGCUAAAAUUCAAAAUGAUAAAGAUAAAUUUCAGGUGAUUCUUGAUGUUCAACAAUUUGCACCAAAUGAAAUUACAGUAAAGACUGUUGAUAACAAUGUCAUUAUCGUUGAAGGAAAACACAAUGAAAAAAAAGAUGAGCAUGGGAUUGUUUCUAGGCAAUUUAUGAGACGUUAUGUUCUUCCAGCGGGUUAUGAUAUUGGAAGUGUUCAGUCUGCUCUUUCUUCUGAUGGAAUUCUUACAAUCACAGCAUCAAAACUAGCUUUACCAGCACCAGGAGAAAAAAUUGUCCCUAUUGAGCAAACAAAAACACCAGCCGUUACACCUAUUUAAUCAUUAAAAUGUUUUUUUUUUUCAUUGUUUUUGCUCCUUCAUAACAUUUGAUAGUUUAUUAAAUAUUUAUUCAAAUUCAAAUUUUACUAUAUUUAAUUUUUAAGAAACGUUAAUAGAUACAGGGGUGUCUCAAAAAUCAAAUUCUUCAAAAUGGUUCAAAAAUUACUCAGCAUAAAAAGUUCUACAAUAAAAGGUCUUCUAUGACUUUUCUUUUUUUGAAAUAUUUGUACGUGUCCAAACCUAUUGGGAUAGUCUAUAUAUUCAUACACAUGUAUAUUAAUGUUACAACUGUAAUAAUUUCUAAUCUAUUGUAGAACAGUAAAAAUAAAUUUAAAAAUACUUAAAAAAA